AUGCCGACCUUGCCACCGCCCCAGCCACCAGCUCCCUCGACGCCGCCGCACCACCACCAGAAAAGGACGACGUCACUCCCCGACGCCAUCUUCACCGCCUUCUCCUUCCUCGUCCUCUUCUCCACCUCCCACAGACCCACCUCCAUCUUCUCUCUCCCCACCACCACCAAACUCCAAUUCCCUCCGAAUACCCGCAAAUUCCCCAAAAUGUCCUUCCCCUUCACGUCUCCCCGAAACCCUAGAAAACCCGCCCGCCCCACCCUGCCUCCGCCGUUCGCCACGCCGCAGUCCCUCUCCGAUUGGCUCGCUCCGCGCCUGGCCGCCGAUUCCUUCGGCUCGUGGGGCGUCAAGCCCGGCACCAAGAACGUCCACAACCUGUGGCUCGAGCUCGCCGAAGGCGAAACCGUCCUGUCCGAUUCCCUCCCUCCGGUCAGGACAGUCGAGGUCGUCAUCGUGCGAAUAACCCGAGACGGCGGUCGAAAGUUACUCAUAGAAUCUCAUCAGGAGCUAUCGAACGGCAUCGUCAGACACCGUUCCCGCCCUUUGUCCGAAAAGAUGAAGCCCGGCGAGUCGGUCGAGGCUGCCGUUUUUCGGGCAGUGAAAGAGGAAUUGGGCUCUUUAGUGAAGUUUGAAACUUUGGACUUUUCUGAUGGUGGGGUUGUGAAAAUCAUGCCGGAAUCGUAUGUGAAGAAGGUGGAGGAGAGGGUUUCGGCUUCAUAUCCUGGCUUGCCCGCUUGCUAUGUGUUGCACACGGUGGAGGCUGAGGUGGCGGGCUUGCCGGAAAACGAGUUUUCUACAGAGGAGGAAGAUGAGUAUGAGGUCUCGGAUGAAAGGAAUAUGGCAGAUUGUGCGGUCUCGUGUAGGAUGCAUUUUUGGAAGUGGGUUGAUUCUGAUUCUGUUUGA